AUGCGCCGCCUCCGCGAAUUCGUACGUAGGCACAAGACCCGUAAAGAGGAGUCCCAAGCGUCGUCAGAGCCACCGCCUCUCCCAUCUCUCCCCCGUCCUCCUGAUGUCCAUCCAGCGGCGCGGGAUGUCUCACCACAAGACCAGUCUCUCUUCUUCCGUUUGCCCACGGAGCUCCGUAUGAAGAUCCUCCACACAGCUUUCGGCGACCGCACGAUCCACAUAGACUUCCGCUUCCGGGCUCCGUUGCACACUUACGAGACAAGCGGAGGCCAUGAGCCUGUCCACGGAGGAUAUCCCCCGCUUGCGGAGUAUUUCCCGUCACCCAGGAAGUGGGAGCCGAAGCCGCGUGGGGCUCCCGCCUGGAGGUGGUGGAGCUGUGUCUGCCACAGUAGCAUGCCUCAUGAUUAUAAAGCGCGCUGCGACCUUACACUCUUUGGCUCCUUCGACGGCACGGAUGAGGUCCAGCAACGAGCGCGAUUCGCUGAGUAUCUCGACCUGAUGCCGCGUGCCUUUCCCAAGCUCGCUCAUCUACAGUUAGACCUUGGGCCAGAGACGUACAACGGAACGGUCCCCCCUUGGGAUUGUCUUGAAGAGAUCGAGGACAUCAUCCUCAAGCCGCUACUAGAGAUGAGUAACAAGAUGAAGAGACUACGAGACUUCUCCGUUCUGAUGUCGCAGUGCCUCACCUGCGACUUCUUUUCUAGCAAGGCCCGGGAGGAAAGCCUGUUAGCCGUCGUGAACAAGGACGGCUUGUCAGGUAAAGUCUGGUAUCCGUUUACAGCUAAGUUGGAAGGAGGCGAACAACCUGGAAAAGGAUAUUGGAUCGAGGAGGGGCAUCCGGGCACUUACGGCUGGAGACCUGAUGGGAGGCGCGAAUGA